AUGGUUCUCCUAAGCGACCUCGUCAGCCUGCAGCAGGCAUUCAACAGGCUCACCACGUCGGUGCCGACGCUCGACGAGAUCAUCUUGCAGACCUCGGUCGUCAAGAACAAAGUCUACGAUUUCCAGUCGUCGCCCGGGUGCCACGGUAUGCACAUCGUCAUGUCGUCGCUCGUCGUUUCCCACUUACUCGCGGGAAACAAGGUGGUGAUCAUCGAUGCGUUGAACCGGUUCCCUUUCAAGUUAUUGCAGAAACAGCCCGAUUUCCGCAUGGAGAUGAAGCGCCAUGUGACCCACUACUUUUGCGACACUUUUGCCAAAUUGUACUCCUUGCUAGCCAAGUUGAAAGUCGACAACGACACCAUGGUUGUGAUUAACGACUUUAACCUGUUGGUGGAGUUUUACAAGUUGGAGAUGUCCUCGACUUACGAAGAAAUGAUUUUAAGGCACCAUUUGGACGUCAAUGCUGUCCUUGUGCACAAUAAGCAAACGGGACUGAGCGAACCGCUACCUCAGCUUCCCGCCAACUCGGAUUUGCUCAAGAUCAGUCCAAUUGUGAAAUUUGAGCUGCAUCUCGGUCAUCUUUUUAAAGUCAUGAACGAUAUCUGCGCCCAGCGCAACUCAAUGAUGUUUUUGUUGGGCUACAUGGAGACUAAAUACCGACCGUACAAGCUUAAAGAAACUGGAGAUGAAAGGACACCUUCGACUCAAAGCUCGUUUACUGAAAAGGGCCGGACGGUGUUGAAGCCUAGUGAAAUGCACAAGUCGACAACGAACAAGUUCAUCUUUUAUCACGAUUGGUAUCAUAAAUCUCCGCAUUUCGUGCAGACUUACCCCGUCGAGGAAAGUGGCAGAGUAACUUAUGUGAACCAGUCGAUGUUGAGAUUCGUUAACGCGGUGCAAGUGGAAACGCGCGCGGAACUAUUUGCUCCCGUGUAUUUUGAUGUCGACGAGGAGUUUUAUUAUGACAAUGACGAGGAUUUUGACCACGGUUUUAGAGUCAGGGACCUAUCUGCGGUGAGCCAGAAUAAUCAUACUAACACCAGCAUAACCACCAGCGGCACCACCACCAGUAGCAGCAGCGCCACCACCACCAGCACGGUGGGUACAAGAACGGAACGAAGUUCAUUGCGCACCAUAAGCACGCGCUUGUCUUCUUCGCAAACCUCGGUGGACGCCACCGUGAUUAAUGUUACUCACAAUAUGAGCACGCCAGUUGAAGCAUCGAACGAGUUGAGCCCAACAAGCGAUACAGAGUCUGUGAUUCAGGAAUCCCAAGAGGACAUUUCAAUUCUUCAAAGGUGA